CUUACAUAUCGGGACAAUUUGGUAGCGAUGUGAAAAACCAACUCCUAAUCGAUGCAUAAUUGGGUUCAAGGCGGGUCAGGUACCAUGCAUUCGAGAACCUCGUAAAAACAGCGAAAUAAAUAGUGGAUUCUCAUGUAUAAACCUAAAAAGUCAGUUCAACUUCAAGAGCCAAAGCACUCGAUGAUCCGUACAUUAUGUUUAGGAAAACACGCGAUUGACUGGCUUGGAAAAAGAACUGCGCAAUACUGAAUUGACUUACAAUUUGGGUUCUUCCACUAAUAGCGGCAUUCACAACGCCAGGAAAGGUCGAUUUGAUAAGGAAAUCAAAAGCACUUCACUUCCGAUAUCAUACAAUGUGCAAGGUAGACACUUUGAAUACAUUUUCUCCAUUUCGUUUUGGGGAAAGAAAGGCAUAGUCAUAUUUGCAUUUCUAGUUAUCUCGCUAAUAGCGCCUUUCUUUGCACGGCUGGAAUUAACACCCACAAAACUAACAGAGGACCGGACUCCCGUGGAUGACAAAUCUGAAUGCAUUUCAAAAUUUCUUGCUAAUUGCCUUUUUCUUUAACCCCCUAAUGGAUCUAACAGCGUCAAAGGCAACAGAGAGCCCGGUGUUCUAUUCUCUGGUAAAUGCAUGACACGUAAGGAAGCACGACAAAAGUCGGGGCAAAGGUGGCCGCCUCAUUACCCCGCCACUAUAUCGCCGCAGAGGACAUUGAGAGAGAGUUUCAAAUAGCAGAGAUCACCUUGAUAAUUACAACUUUUUCCAUUGUGUUCUCGGUGUGGAUGAAGGCGUUCUUAUAACUGUUUGUCUGAGGAUUAUUUACUUUUGACAUAGAGAUGUAAUUGGAAUCUGAUACGACUGAUUGAAUACCUUUUCUUCCAAGGUGCGCGAAGUCGGUCUGAUCAGAUGCGCCCUUUGUGCCCGGACCCCGAUUUUUCUGCCGCGUUGACUUAUAAUGAUCGUGGGGCGAUGGCUGACCCCGUGGCUUUUUAUUCUAUCAAUUCAAUCGAAUACUGUCACUCCUUUUACCCAUUCAGGCGGACAAGCCCUUCACACUGAGCAAAGAAGCCUCUCACUUCCAGCUAUUUUCCUCAAAAUAUUGAAAUUACAUGUAUAUGAAAUAACGGUCUUUGGCUUUUCUUCUUUGGUCAUUGUGCACGUUGGAGAAUGCGCUCACAGCUCUGAAUUUUUCUUCUUCGUUAAAACUGGCCAGCGGUAACUGCGGUGGGCAAAUCGGUGUGCGCACUAUCCCCGACGUCGCCCUGAGGAAUUUGACCAGCAAUUAGUACGCCGGGUCAGUUUAGCCAGUCUCUCAUAUGUGUUUUGCGACAUAUCUGACGAUUUGCUGCCGUCACAGUGGCUCCAUGUUGAGGUAUUAUUAGGCCCACGAGUACUGCCAAAAUUUUACCACAAGUAGGACUGUAAACCGCGUAGGACCAUUGAGAUUCUUAUUGAGAUGACCAUGGCAUCGCUUUUCUGCGUUAUCUACUUCGUAUGCUGUAUAGUUUUUUCUAUUGCAACAGGUUCUCCAGGUGACACAGACGCGCACAGCACUACUACUUGCUGUAUCAGAGAGAGCAAGAUAAUCAUCGCAGGGUUUGAUCUUCGACGAAGACCCAUCAUUUUGGAUAUUGGACAAUGCAAGAAGGGGUGCAAGGACGGAUCAACAGACGCACAGGCGGACCAUACCCCCUGUCCCCACCGGGGCACGUGUCGGCCCAACAGAACCAGGAUAGAGCAAGUGCGUCUGUACGGGCCGGAGAAAGAGUUCGAGGUUGUUGAGGAAUGCGCGUGCCUGGCCAGGCGCACUGGCUGUGGACGGCAGACACUGACACAGGUCCUGUUCCCUGAUUCACCUUACGAGGUAGAAGUGGAUGUUGGUGCGUGCCAAGGACAUUGUCACCAAGGUCAUGGAAGUUGCUCUCCUUUGAGGAACAGAACUAUCCAAGUGCCGGGCCCUAAUGGUGCAGAGUGCGUAAGCGUCAUUGAAGAGUGCCAGUGUGCUUCUCCAUGUUAUAGAGUUCAGCAUUUCCAAUCCUUUUACGACACAAAAAUAGAUGAUAAGACGUUUGAAAUUAAGAAAAUUGAAAGAAGGCUUGACGUCGGAAAGUGUGUAGGGAGUUGUGGAGAGAAUUCGAACACCUUUAGAUGUGUUAUGAGGUCCCCCGACAACGUGAAGGAGUGCCUUAUGUCCCUCCAGCACAGAGACAAGUCUUGUACAGCAAGCUCCUACUCUCAGCACACCUACACGGCGUCCGACCUCCGCCAAAGAACUCUGUUCUCUAUUAAAGACUGUGCCUGUCAGUAACAUGGGACAGAAGGGAGAUCAGGAACUUCUGUAACGUCUUAUUUCAAACGGAGCGAUUCGUAAAGAGAGAGACCAAGACUGACUAAUAUGCAGUCGCUCGUAAUGACUGAAAUGCCAAAGUCUGAGACAAAAACGGAAAAUGUCUUCGCGUAACAUGCUCGUUGUUGCCCGUAUGGUGUCGGGAACAGGGAAGAAAACUGUACUUGACACCAAGGUCUAUCUCAACAGCUUCAGAUAAAAUAUCAAUACAUUUUGCAAGAUAAGCAAAUAAAUAAAUAAUGCCCUAGAUGUAAGUUCAGUACAGUGUAAAAUACCAGGGGGAACCCUUAGAAUAGAUUCACAGGAUUACGUCGCCGUGCCGAUGGAUACAGCCUCACGUGCGUUCGGUCCCAGCUAAGAGCAGAUUUACCAAGCGUAAAAAAUCGGACUUGUUUUCGUUUUGAAAAGUACGUUUGAACAUCUCCGCUUCCAGCGACAGUAUCACGGCUUAACUGUCUGCGUUCCUGGUACGUGUACCUCCUUCACUCCGCUCCUCUCUGGCCGCGUGGUUCAGGUUCACAGAUUGUAUUGUCAUCGAGAGUUACGCGGUUGUAAAUAAUUUGUAAGGUCAAAUCGACAUUAAUUCCGCUUGUUUUUGCGUGAAAUAAAACUUUUGUAAAUAAUUCACUUGUCCUGUCGUUUCGAGCAAUAAAUCGUGCAUCUGGUUGUUGAUCUCGCUCCGACGAAUGAGUGGAGUGCAAAUGCAGUGUGAGCAAAAUAAGAUUACUUAGACGUAACUUUUACUCUCUGUUGUAAGACACGCAGUUUAGAUACAAUAAAAAAAUGAACCAAUGUGCACAUGUUACUGGAAGUGUCCUACUUAACCAUAAUUCUACAUCUCGAUUAUGUGGUACAUGUAGCUAC